AUGCAAGAUCCUGCUCGAACAACACGCAUCCUUGUGGGCAUCAUCGUCUUUUUAACACUUGUCAUUCUCGCAAUGGUGGGUGUAGCACUCGGUAUUAUUGUUAAAGUUUCCAAGAAACAGGACGAUGUAGCAGCAGUCACAACAACAUUGUCACCUCCGACAGCUAACAGAUUAGUUGCUUCGAUUACUGUUGAUCAAAUGAUGUCUCAUCUAAAUGCAUUACAACGGAUUGCAGAUACUACCGGGGGUACACGUGCUAUUCAUACUGAAGGAUUUCACGGGACAUUGGAUUAUAUCACACAGUAUCUGACAAACAAUACUGAUUUAAAAGUUCAACGACAAGACUUUAAUUGGAGUACAUUUGAUUUGAUUAGUGAUCCAACAUUUAGCUCAAGUAUUAGUGGUACAAGUAAGAACUACACCUGGGGUGUUGGUAAAGAUUUCUAUCAACUAAUGUAUUCUGGUAAUUCAUCUACAAGUUCAACAUCAGCUCGGGUAACUAUUGUACCAAACUUCGGUUGUAAUCCUUCUGAUUGGAAUGUACCAAAUAUCGAUGGAACUGUUGCUUUGGUUGCUGCUGGUGGUGGCUGCCUUUACCGGAUAAAAACACAAUUAGCCCCACGGAAUCUCGGUGGUCUAUUGAUUUAUAACCUUGGUACACCAAAUAAUCUAUUUGCCGUCGCAUCAAGUGUUAAUCCAAAUACAACGUUUCCAGUUAUAUCUGUAUCACAUUCAGUUGGCAUGCAACUGAUGAAUGCUGCGAAUGAUACGUUAACGAAUACAACUGUAACAAUUCAACUUGCUGCGGAAAAAGAGGAACGACCAGUUGGAAAUAUAUGUGCUGACACAAGAACAGGUGAUCCAACUCAGACGAUUUUAAUUGGUGGUCAUAGUGAUAGUGUACCAGCUGGAGCAGGAAUCAAUGAUAAUGGAAGUGGUAGUGCUGCCAUUAUUGUUCUUGCUACGAAUAUAGCGCGAUUGUUUCAUAAUUCGGUUGAUCAAGUGUACAAAUAUCGUGUUCGAUUCUGUUGGUGGGGUGCUGAAGAAGUUGGCCUACGUGGAGCUGAAUAUCACCGUGAUAUGGCAAGAAACACUGAAACGGUAGGGGAACGUAUUUCAGACUAUCUGGUUAAUCUGAACUAUGAUAUGCUCGCUUCACCAAAUUAUAUGUUCGGCAUCUAUAACGGAAGCAGUGCUCCUAAUAAUACGCCUGCAAAUGCAAUUCCCGGUAGUAUUCGUCUUACAGAAUUAUUCCGCGAUUGGUUUAUAAGUCAGUCAUUACCAUGGACUUAUACUGAUUUUAGUGGACGAUCAGAUUAUGGCCCAUUUUUGGAAACUGGUAUUGUUGCAUCAGGAUUGUUUUCCGGAGCGGAGGAUAGAAAAUCGAAGAUUGAACGCGAUUACUAUGAUCGGGUUCUGGGUUCCACUCUAGGGGGUAUAGCUGAAACAGCUUAUGAUUCAUGUUACCAUCUGUCUUGUGAUACUGUGCAAAAUAUAAAUCAGUUUGCAUUACAAAGAAUGACACAGGCUGCUGCGUAUGUUCUGGAAUAUCUUGGACGAUUAGAUAACCUUCAAGAUUGGCUGUAUCCUAAGGGACGACCAGAAACCGUGUGA